AUGGAUGCCACCUCCAGGCGAAAGUCUGGCUGGCGGCACGCCACUUGCUGCCUCCAUGCGACGUGUCAUGCUCAUGACGGGCUGCGUGGAUGCAGCUUGCCGUCCAGAUGUCGGUCCAGGAGUUUGGCUUCCACGGCUUUGCUGCUGGUGUCCUCCAUGCAGUUCCUGCAUGAGCAGCACGCUUUUGUGUCCGGGCUUGGGCCGAGACAUGAGGUGCAGCAAGCAAGGCCACGGAGGCUUCAGAGGCCCACUGACACCUCAUGGCCUUCCCACCAGCCAGAGAUCCAUGUGGCCUUAGCAGCCCUACCCAGCAUAUCUCCCUCCAGCAUGCUGGCAACCUUGGGUCCCCUGGGCUUUUUCGUGGCAGGCGGCUUGUGUUCUAGCUUCUCGCAUGUGAUUGCCACGCCGAUCGAUGUCAUAAAGACGUCGCAGCAGGCAACGGAAGAGAGGGAGGGCCGAUGCCCUGGCAUGCUUGGGAUGGCCAUGAAGCUCGUGAAAUCACAUGGGCCCCAGAAGCUCCUCAGCGGUGUGGGAGCGACAUUUACUGGUUACUUCCUCCAUGGAGCCUUCAAGUAUGGCCUCUUUGAGAUGUGGAAGUCGAUCUUCCGGGUAAAUGAGAUUGUUUCCGUGGCCUCGCAUGUGGGCCUACUGUGCCUAUGCGCUCUGCUGGCCGAGAUGCUGGCAACUGUAGUGCUCUGCCCAGCUGAGACAGCAAGAAUAAUGCUAGUUGCAGAUCCGUCUUUUAUGGAGCCCGCCAAACAGGCUUACGAACGCUUCCGCAAACGGCAAAAGAAAGGGAUGCAUGGAAUCCACCAGAUUGUCACCAUGUUCGGCCUCAAUACAUGGCUGGCGCUGCAGCAACUGCGUAACGACCAGGGUGUGUGGAAUGGCUGGUAUGGGGCCCUAGUGCCGCUGUUGAUGAAGCAGUGCUCAUACACGGUAGCAAAGCUCGUCACAUACGACGUCAUGUGCGACUUCUGGGCGGUCUUUGUCAACCCUUUACUGGCUCGUGUGUUAGCAGCUUUUGGCGCUGCAACAGCUGCCACCCUCGCAUCCCAACCAGCAGAUACAGUGUUCACCUGCAUUUCCGUAGAAGGAGGGUCAGGCGAGUGCCCAAUACCCAUGGACAGCGAGAGCUUCUGGGAUGAUAAACCGCCAAGCGUGUGGUCGCAAAUGCGUGAUGCAACAAAGCGGUUGGGCUUCGCUGGUUUGUUCUCUGGAUGGCAAACGCGUAUCUUCCAAAUGACCCUGAUUGUCACGGUGCAGCUACUGCUCUACGACACCAUUCGUCCAAGGCUGUAA